GAUCCACUUCAAGUAUGACACAUUUGACGAUGAAGAAUUUGAUUGAAAACAUUUCGCCUUCGACAGCUGUGAUCUACUACAUAAUCGCGUGAAAUGCUGAAUUAGUGAAGGGUAGAUAUCUGGAACGUCGUCAGCGUUACAUCAUUUUCAACUCGUCCGGUGAAGGAUCAGGACUCAACUCAACCGAAUCCUAUUUCUCAGCAUCUAGUAAAGCGCACAGCCAUGGUUUCCUCGUUAGUCGGGAUGUAUACCGUUUGGACGGGGCUGACUUUGGGCGCUUUGCUGCGGCCGUCCCUUGCGGACGUGACGGUGGCCGGGGAGGAAGGAGGGACGUGCAGUAAACAGUACACAAACAACCACAACAUCACCGUGGUGGCCUCCCCCGGACAGGACGGGCAAAAGGGAGAGAUGGGACCCAGUGGUCUGCCUGGCAUGCCUGGUGAGAAGGGGCAACGGGGUAUACCGGGUAGACUGGGUCCGUUUGGGCCAUCAGGAGAGCGUGGACCCGCAGGUGAGAAGGGAAUCAAGGGAGAGCGGGGUCCGGCGGGUCCGAAAGGUUCUCCCGGCGACUCCUCUCACUCCUCAUCCGCCAUGGUGGCGUUUUCCGCCGCGCGCACGUCUAAAGUCUUCACGGGAACUGCCGUGACGUACGACGUCGUGCACGUCAACGAGGGUGACGCCUUCAACCCUCGCACGGGGAAGUUCACGCCGGCGGCGUCGGGCAUCUACUCCUUCACGUUCACGGGCAUGACGGAGUUCGCGGCCAGCGCGAGCAUCCUCGUGUCGCUGAUGAAGAACGACGAGCGGAUCGCCAGCCUCCACGUCCGCAACCCCGCCUACGAGAUGCACCAGUCCACCAGCAACAGCGCCCUCUUGCGGCUGCAGCUCGGGGACGAAGUCUGGGUGCAGCUGUGGAGCGGGUACGUGCUGUACAGUGACGGGAACAGGUACAUCACGUUCUCGGGAGCGAAACACAUCAACCUGAUGGCCGGAACAAGCUCCAGAGCGCUUCUCGCUGUAGCUAUUUAUGCUCUGAUUGGACACAUGACCGUUCCGAUCCUUGCCGAAGAGGAGGAGGUUCGUGUAGAGGACGGUUCCUGUCCGAAACAGUUCUACAACAACCAGAACAUCACGGUGGUGACACCGCCCGGGCCUGUCGGACCUAAAGGGGACAUGGGACCCACAGGUGAGAAGGGUGAGCCAGGUGAGAAGGGCCGGAGAGGAGCUCCAGGCGAGACAGGUCCGGUCGGACCGGCAGGUGAAAAGGGAGACAAAGGUGAGCAGGGACCGGCAGGUGAGAAGGGGAUACCUGGAAACCUACUCACUCCACCUGUCGUGGCGUUCUCCGUGGCAAGAACGACCAGCCUUAGAAAUCCUGGGGUGGACACGGUGCUGACGUAUGACGUCAUCCUUAGCAACGUGGGCGAGGACUACGACGAAGAGACGGGGAAGUUUGUCGCAGAGGUGGGAGGCGUCUACUUUUUCACUUUCACCGGCAUGACAGUCUGGUCACCUGGGAAAGACUACUUCAUCAGUCUGAAGAAGAACGGAGAGAAGGUGGUCAACCUGCACGAACACAACGGCAACGAACGUCAGCACCAGUCCAGCAGUAACAGCGCCAUCUUUCAGCUGCAGGCUGGGGACGAGGUUUGGGUGGAGAUGAAGGGAUUCGACAACAGUUUGUUUAGUAAUGACGACUGUUACCUCACGUUUAGCGGGUUCCUCAUCCACGCUAUGGCCCAAACAAAAGUUUUCGCUGUUGUUGCUUUUCUUCUCGGUGCAUUGAUGAUCCAGACUCUUGCCGAAGAGGCACAUGAAGAGGAUGGUUCCUGCUCCAAACAGUUCAACAACAACCAGAACAUCACGGUGGUGGCCGCACCCGGGCCUGUCGGGCCUAAAGGAGACAUGGGACCCAGAGGCCAUGGCGGAACGCCAGGUGAGAAGGGCGUGAGAGGCGCGCCAGGUAAGCUGGGUCCGGUCGGACCGGCAGGUGAGAAGGGAGACACAGGUGAACAGGGACUGGCAGGUGCGAAGGGAGCACCUGGUACCAGCCCACCUGCUCCACCUGUCGUGGCGUUUUCCGUGGCCAGAACGACCAAACUUGAGAAGCCUUCGUCUAAUACGGUGGUGACGUAUGACGUCAUCCUUAGCAAUGUGGGCGGGGCCUACAACCAGGAGACGGGGAAGUUUGUGGCUACAGUCGGAGGCGUCUACUUCUUCACGUUCACUGGUAUGACACCGAAUUCCGGAUCCAGUUCCAACUACUACGUCCGUCUCAUGAAGAAUGGUGCAAAGAUGGUUAGUCUGCACGAGAACAACGGCAGAAGCCCCCAGCACCAGUCCAGCAGUAACAGCGCUAUCUUGCAGCUCCAGCCUGGGGACGAGGUUUGGGUUGAGCUGGAUUCUAACGGUCGUAGUUUGUUUAGCAGCGGUAACAGGUACCUCACUUUUAGUGGGUUCCUCAUACACGCCGCUUGA